AUGAGCCGUAGCCCGCCGCGAGCUCUGCCUCCGGGCGCGCUCCCCCGGCUGCUCCCGGCUGCGCCCGCCGCCGCGCCGCGCGCCCUGCUCCCGCCGUGGCCCCGGCGCCCGGGACGCCGCUGGCCCGCGUCCCCGCUCGGAAUGAAGGUGUUCCGCAGGAAGGCGCUGGUGCUGUGUGCGGGCUAUGCGCUGCUGCUGGUGCUCACCAUGCUCAACCUCCUGGACUACAAGUGGCACAAGGAGCCGCUGCAGCAGUGCAACCCGGACCGGCCGCUGGGGGCCGCGGCUGGGGCCUCCGGGGCCGGCUGGGGGCGCCCGGGGCCGCCUCCCGCCGCGCCACCCCGCGCUCACACCCGCUUGGACCCCCGCACCCCGCACCGCUCUCCCGCCGCCGCCGCCGUCGUUGGGGCUGCUCCCGCCGCGGGGGCAGGGGUGGCAGGGGCUGUGUCCCCUCCAGGCAAUGGCACUCGGGGUGCCGGGGGCGGAGGGACCAAGCGGCAGCUGGUGUACGUGUUUACCACGUGGCGUUCGGGCUCAUCUUUCUUCGGCGAGCUCUUCAACCAGAACCCCGAGGUGUUCUUCCUCUACGAACCCGUGUGGCACGUGUGGCAAAAACUGUACCCGGGGGACGCCGUUUCCCUGCAGGGGGCAGCGCGGGACAUGUUGAGCGCUCUCUACCGCUGCGACCUCUCGGUCUUCCAGCUGUAUAGCCCCGCGGGCAGCGGGGGGCGCAACCUCACCACGCUGGGCAUCUUCGGUGCCGCCACCAACAAGGUGGUGUGCUCGUCGCCCCUCUGCCCCGCCUACCGCAAGGAGAUCGUGGGGCUAGUGGACGACCGCGUGUGCAAGAAGUGUCCGCCGCAGCGCCUGGCGCGCUUCGAGGAGGAGUGCCGCAAGUACCGCACGCUGGUCAUCAAGGGCGUGCGCGUCUUCGACGUGGCCGUGUUGGCACCGCUGUUGCGAGACCCUGCCCUGGACCUCAAGGUCAUCCACCUGGUGCGUGACCCCCGGGCAGUGGCCAGCUCACGCAUCCGCUCACGCCACGGCCUCAUCCGUGAGAGCCUGCAGGUGGUGCGCAGCCGGGACCCGCGAGCCCACCGCGUGCCCUUCCUGGAGGCUGCGGGCCAUAAGCUGGGCGCCAAGAAGGAGGGCAUGGGCGGCCCGGCCGACUACCACGCGCUGGGCGCCAUGGAAGUCAUCUGCAAUAGCAUGGCCAAGACGCUGCAGACCGCCCUGCAGCCCCCCGACUGGCUGCAGGGCCACUACCUGGUGGUGCGGUACGAGGACCUAGUGGGGGACCCGGUCAAGACCCUGCGGAGAGUGUACGACUUUGUGGGGCUGCUGGUGAGCCCCGAGAUGGAGCAGUUCGCCCUGAACAUGACCAGUGGCUCUGGCUCCUCGUCCAAGCCUUUCGUGGUGUCUGCCCGCAACGCCACGCAGGCCGCCAACGCCUGGCGGACCGCCCUCACCUUCCAGCAGAUCAAACAGGUGGAGGAGUUUUGCUACCAGCCCAUGGCCGUGCUGGGCUAUGAGCGGGUCAACAGCCCCGAGGAGGUCAAGGACCUCAGCAAGACCCUGCUUCGGAAGCCGCGGCUCUGAGAGCGGUUCCCGGGAGAGCAGACGCCUGCUUGGAGGAUCGUGGUGUGGUGUUGACAUUUAAAACACAGCCCUGACCCAAACUGAGGACGCCCGCGUAUUCUAUCAUAGAUAUAUAAUAUAAAUAACCGCGCGGGCCCUUGCUGUCCCUGUUUUGAGUCAGUUCAAGGAAUAGCUGCGGCGCACACACACACACACACGCAAAAAAGAUGAGACUUGGAAGUUCUGACCAGCUGCCCCUCCCCUCUCAGUCCCUCCCUUUUUGUCCCAUCUCAUGCCCUCUUCCCCACCUGCUGUCCGUUUUCAAGUGGAAUGUUGAAGACCUCAAAGUCCAGUAACCCAAACCUUGUUGACACAGUUUUCGUGGUCUCUGUGAAUGUGUGAGAGUCAUGGGGCUGUGGGGGUGGGACGGGGUAGAGAAAGAGGAAGCGGUCCAGGAUCGAAAGCUCCGUUGGGCAUGACAAACCAAGGAGGCGUUCUUCUGCAGUAGACUUUUGUGUAGAGCCCAGAGGUUACCUGUGAGUAUUAAUAAAGGAGCUAAUAAAUAAUAUUGUUUUUUAAUAUUUGCCUCCAUUCCUUUGGAUCUGCCUGCAUCACUGGUCCCAUGUAGCUUCGGGGAGAGCCGGCUUCCCCUUCCCCACCCUCUUUCUUCCAGUCUGUUUCCUGGGGAACAGCUAAACUAGGUUGGGAACAGUUUCCGACUCCUUGAUGAUAACCUGGGUGUUGUUUUCUCACGUGUAAAUCACAGGCUGUCAGGUGCCCAGGAAUGGGAACAAAUCUGCAGAUUCUAAAGGCAAAAGCCCAGCAGGGCAGUGCAAGAACAAGCCCACAUUACUUUCCUAUUCAGCUCUUGAGUACAGACAGGAAGAAGCAGCCGCUUGAGGAUUUGAACGCAUUCGGUUUUGAUUACCUUUGCGUUGAGACAGGGAACCGUGAAGCAGAGACUGAUGUUUUGGUCCUUAGGUUGACGGGGAAGAGGGUUUCUUUUUAACAGAAGUAUGUAAUGUAGGAAAGUUCCAAUGAGGAGAGCGCAAACCUCAAAACUGAGUGUGGACGUACUGUUGAGCA